AAAAUUUUUUAACUCAUUAUUCAACAGAUUGAAAUCUGACGACUUAUUUUAUUAAGUAAAAAUGAAACUUUUUUGUUUAACUUUUUUGGUAUUAAUGACAAGAACUCGUUCAGAAUAUAUAGUAGAACGAUCAACAGUUGACGACUCUUUGCUAUUCAAUAAUGACUUCCAAAACUCUACUACAUGUAAUAUUUAUAAUGCUGUGGUAAAAUCUAACAACUCCUGCAGUUGUCCUUCAAAAACUACAUUUUUUUCACUAAAUGGAAAAGCUUCUUGCAUGAGUGGAUCGAUGUUUACAGGAUGCCUUGUAGUUGCAAAAAACAGCCCAUUAUUAAUACCAGUUGUUCAAUUAAAUGUUACUCAGCAGUUAGAUCUGCUAACUACUUUUCAAUGCAAUUAUUAUCCAUCUCAAAUAUCUUUAAGAAGAUGGAAAAAUGGUGAAGGUUUUUAUGAUGUCUCUGGUGCGAGUUCUUUAUUUAUCAAGUUGACACAUAUUGGAACACAGUACCAAUACACUUUGCUGAUUCACUCAACUUCUUUUUCCCAAGAGUUUGCUGGGGCUUUGUUACAAUUGAAUAUGAACCUUUGUGGACUAUUAACAUGUUUUAUGUUUAAAAUUGAAGGUGAAGAUAAAUGGUCAUUGAGUGAAAAACUAGUCUAUUCAAGUUCUAUAACAACUACUGCACAGACCUCUAAACUUCCUAGUGUGUUCACAUCUAUAAAUAUAUAUACCAGUUUAUUAUCUGGCUUGUCAUCGAUAUCUCAGUUUCCAUCUAUAGAAGCUGCAGUUUCCACUCAACUUCCAGAUACAUUUUCUCUAUCGAUGAAAACAGGUAGUCCUCCAAUGACCAGCUUUUUUUCAAAAUCUCUGUCAUUUAUUGAAGCUGCAGUUUCUGCUCAACUUCCAGAUACAUUUUUUUUAUCGAUGAAAACAGAUAGUACUCCAAUGACCAGCUUCUUUUCAAAAUCUGUGUCAUUUAUUGGAGUCUCCAGUCAGUACCCAUAUAUUUCAAAGCAAGCUUCUGAAGAGUUUGGUAACACAUUUUCAUUAAGUGAAACCAGAAGCAUUGCUAGCAAUGAUCCAUCUUUAAUUAAUUAUUCAACCCCAACGCCUUCAGAAAUAUUGACUUCGUUGUAUAUUACAAAAUCAAUCACUAAAUCGCCUAUAAUAAUGCCAUCAUCAAAAAAUAUUUGGAAUUUUUCAAUUAGCAGUUUAAAUGUUUUAAACUCAGAUUUGAACAUUUUUUCUAUUUUGAAUUCUACUUCCAUUAAAGUAUCAACAGUAGAAACAAUGAGUGUUACUAUGGAAUUAUUAAAUUCAAAUGGAAGAAAAAAACGUAAUGCAAUUGGUAUUCCAGUUGGUAUUGCAGUUGGUGUGUUUGUUAUUGGUUCAUUUGUAGUUUUAAUUGCAAUUUUGUUGAGAAGAAGACAUUACAAAUCAAGUGGUAAAUUACAGAUAGCGUAAGUUUUUUCACUUAUUAAAUCAAUGAGCUUGAAGAGCAUAGUUAAAAAGACGAGGUUAUAGAGACGAGGUUAUAGAAAACGACAUAGUAUCGGUAUACGCAAUAAAUUUUAAACGAUAUAAAUUAGUUAUGGAAUGAAAAACUUCAACAAGCAAGCAAAGUUUAUUUCUUUUAAUAUUUAUAAAUGUAAAUAUUCUGUUCUGUGAAAUAAACAGCUUGUGCUUU